AUGACUAGCACGUGGGCCUUCGUUGACAUGAAGUGCCAGCAGAAGUUCCUGCAGAGCCCUGUAGCGACGCAGUACAAGGUAGCAACAUUGUUGUCAAACUUCCACUCCUGCCUGAACGGCGGCAACCAGAUUUCACAGUACUUGGGAGUAGAGCCUCCCACGCUGGAAGAGUACCUCAAGGUGUAA